AGGCCGACUGGGCAGUCUGGUCAGUCCCAACUCAGAGCGCAACUAGAACAGCCAUGUCCCAGCUGGGGCCGACACCACUGUAUCCUCUUCCAGCAAUGCCGCUGCUUAUGCUGUUGCUCUCGCUGCUGCCGCCACCGGGGGACACCCUAUCCCCGGUCCAGGAGGGCAGCCCUGACCUCUCAGGGCCAGAUCUGGACUCCUCCAGAGUCCGGGAGAUGCAGAAACGCUACAAGGACCUGGUGGACAGGCUAAGGGUGAACCAGAGCUGGGAAGACUCAAACGCGGACCACAGAACCGCCACUGUUGUCUGGAUCCUAACCCCCAAGCUGCGAAUCGGUCCCGGAGGCCUCGUGCACCUGCGCAUCCCCCGAGCGGCCCUCUCCGCGGGGCGCCCCGCCGGCCCCCGCCUGCACCGGGCCCUGCUCUGGCUGUCCCCUACGGCGCCGAGCCCGCGCGACGUGACGCGGCCGCUGCAGCAUCUGCUCGCCCGUGGGGACCCCGCGCCGGCCGUGCUGCGCCUGCGACUGUCGCCGCCGCCGUCGGACGCCGCGCAAGCGGCGCGGCCUUCCGCCCGGGCCCGGCUGGAGCUGCACCUGCGGCCACAUGCCGCCAGGAGGCGCCGCAACAAGCGUGCGCCCACUGCGGAGGCCUGCGCGACAGGGAAGGCGCACUGCUGCGGCGUGCAGAGCUGGCGCGUGACUCUGGAGGAGCUGGGCUGGGCCGACUGGGUGCUGGCGCCGCGCGAGCUGGACGUGCGCGCAUGCGUCGGCGCAUGCCCGCCCCGCUUCCGGCCGGCCAACACGCACGCGCGGAUGAAGGCGCGCCUGCACGACCUGGAUCCCGGUUCCGUGCCUGAGCCCUGCUGCGUGCCUGCCAGCUUCGAGCCUGUGGUGCUCAUGCACCAGGACAGCGACGGCCGGGUGACGCUUACGUCCUACGACGACAUCCUGGUUAAGGACUGCCACUGCGCUUGAGCCGGCACCCUGCGAGCUGCGCAUCCUCAGUGGUCCGCGUCCACGCAGUGGCCUCGCAGAGGCUGCUCAGUGCCCAUUUCUGUCUUCCCCUCCCCUAACAUCGCCGUAUUUAUGAGUCUAUUUAUUGCGAGGAAACCUUGGGGGCGUAGUGGUGAAGAGCUACAGCUGCUCACCAAAAGGUCGGCAGUUCAAAUCCAGCAGGCAGUCCUUGGAAACCCUAUGGGGCAGUUCUACUCUGUCCUAUAGGGUCGCUAGGAGUCGCAGUGACUCCAUGGCAAUGGGCUUUUUUGUUUGUUUGUUUUUAUAUUUAUUGCUAAAUUAUUGGGGGUGACUCGCUGGGGACUAGAGGGCUGGGGAUGGCUGGUGGAAGGCGCGUGUUAUGUAUUUAUAAAACCUACUGCCUUUCGAUGGAUUCCGACUCAUAGCGACCCUGUAGGACACAGUAGAAUUGCACCGUAGGGCUUCCAAGGCUCUAAAUCUUUACGGAAGAAGGGCUGCCACAUCUUUUGCCCAGGGAGCAGACGGUGGGUUGGAACUGCCAACCUCUUGGUUAACAGCCAAAACCUUUGCACAACCAGGGCUCCUCUAUGUAUUUAUAACUCUGGUAAUAAAAAUGACUUUAUCUGAACUGCCA